CGUCUCCAACCAUGUUGAAACUCUUUUCUCAGUAACUCAUUCCAACUAACUUGCAUUUUUCUCUCAUUUGCUACUGCAUCUGAAUAGAUCUUCUGACGCGAGUACAACAGAUCUUGCUGCUUCCUCUCCCUUUCCUGCAACUUAAUUCUUUGCAGAUUUUGCCAUGGGGUGUGGACUGAGAAAGCUAGAAGACCCAGAUGAUAGCAGCCCUGGAAAAAUAUUUUCUACAUUGAAGAGACCACAAGUUGAAACAAAGACAGACUCUGCUUAUGAAUAUGUAUUACUGGAUUUUACUUUAGAAGCAUCCCCAAAUCCAGAAGUUAUCAAAAUCAGUUCAGUGUUGGAUAUAGCAUCAAAAGUGGAAGAGUAUUACAUAAAAGGAUAUGUUGUAGGAGCCAUUCAUCCUAUUAUCCUGCCUACUGGACGAAGAAGGCAUUUUCCUGCAAGCUAUAUGUAUCGAGUGGUACUCUCACGACUCAAAUUAAGCCAGAAGCAUACAGCACCCAGAGGACAAAGACACCCCAGGCUUGUGAUUGAGGAAUGUCCUUUAAUGUGUGAAACACUGACAAAUGAGGUAGUGAAAGGACUGUUAGAAAAGGUGAAUGAAGCUGCUAAAAGAGGAAUGAAAUUUGUUGGGUUUAUAACACAGCAUUUUCCUCAACCUAAAUUCUGUAAUGGCACAAACACGGAUGUUAAUGUGGAUUCUGAAUCAACACUAAGCAGAAAGAGCAGAGAGUACAGGAGAGACCAUGCUGAUGAGAACUAUAAAAACUGGCAUCAAGGGACAUUAAGUGGACAGUCUUCUGAAAGUGGAAUAGAAGAAGUUCAGCCAGAAAGUGCACAGUUACAGGAUCCUAAUUUCCAGUUUGGAAAAGAAGGCAGUCCCAGCUCUACUAGACCAGGAAAAGGGGAAGAUAAGUUAUAUUCAGUCUUCAAUGUUUUUGAUGAUGAUUCAACCUGCUGGAUAUAUCAUGAAGGAAUUUUGUCUAUGAAAGUAACAAGAAAAGGGUCAGUUAUUAGUACCCUAGAUGCAGAUUGGCUAGAAUUAACCACAUUUUAUUAUAAACAAGGAUUAUCAUUAAUUGAUUCUUUUGUACACUGGGAUAUUUCUAAAGGAGACCACUUGCCUAAAUCUAUAGAAGGUUUUUUUUUAUAUGAAGAAGAAGGUUCAGGAAUUCCAGGUUCUAACAGGAAAGGAAAUGAUGCAAUAGUUGUAGAACAAUGGACAGUCAUUGAGGGAUAUGAAAUCAAAACAGAUUAUGGACCUUUGCUACACACACUGGCUGAGUUUGGAUGGCUUCUUACAUGUGUGCUGCCUACACCCAUCAUCCGACAUGACAGUGAAGGAAAUCUGGCCACAAAGCAAGUUGUUUUUCUUCAGAGACCUGUUAUGUGGAAUUCAACCAUCCAAACACCAGAGAAGAAAUCUACAAGGCAGAGCAGAAGUGAAGAGAAAAGCAAAGUCUGUAGCAGAAAUAUUGGAUUAGACACAGCUACUUCUCACCCUGCAGAAAGUGGACAUGCAUCAGUUGAGUUUCAUCUAUCUCCUUCUAAAUCAUGCUGGAUCAAGGAGGAAUCUGCCCAGUAUGGAAGCUUCUCAGGGUUCCGCAGCAGUGAUGGUGUGCUAAAGGAACUGGAUGAUGGACAAUUUGAGCAGGAAGAUGGAGUAACUCAGGUCACUUGUAUGUGACCAAGUAAGUAACUGCUGUGGAGAUACCUGUAAAUAAUGAACACAAAUGUAAGAACUGAGAUUACUACACUACUUUAUAUGCAUUUGUAUAAUCCUCUGGUUUCCCCCAUGCUCAUAUCUUAUACAUUUUUGCUUCUGCCCAGUUACACCCAUAACAAAACCUUAUUUGUAGUAAGAAUACUACUGGGAGUAUACUACUAUAAAACCAAUACUUUGGUUUUAUGUCUGCUUUAAUGAGAUGCUCUAUUACUUGGUGUUUUGCUAACUUCAUUAAUGAUAUUUUCAAUAAUGCUUUUGAUAACAGGCAAGAAAAUAUAAUAUAGAUCAGCCGUGCUUUUUGCUGAGUAAAAGCCAGUGUCAAUAGGAAAUCUUAAUAUUUUCCACAAAUGUGGGGAAAAUCGUAUUUUUCUAAGGGGGUCUAACAACAUUGAAAAGUAAAAAAAAAAAAAAAAGUUAAAAUUAAGAAGUACUUUACUCCUUUUUUGUUUUAAUAGAAAUAGUCACUUUGUUUGCCUGUUGUAAAUUCAAAAGCCUGUAAAACAGAAAUGUCAAAUGUGGGACUUUCAACCUUAAUGAGGAACAGCAUGAAAUACUGGUACCUGAUAAAGAAGGUUAUGUUCUGGUUUGUAAUGUUCUUACAAGAAAAAGCCUGGGAAGUGGGAGCAUAUUCUGUUUUUGUCCAAAUUCAAAAUGGGGGAGCAAGGAAAGGCAAUCUACAACCAAGCCAAAGAGUAUCCAAGUGCAAUGAUACUUUACGCAAAAAUAGAAACAAUCUCUCGCUCCCAAGCAAUUAUUUGCACCUCAAGAAGAGAUCCUGCAUAUUGAAUAAAGAAUAUCGCCGCUAAGAUUAUGGGUGCACCAUAAUACUGCUUAUAUGUGAAGAAGCACUCACAUGGGGAGACAACAUUUGAAAUGGGGCUGCAUACAAAGGCACUCAGGUUCUCUUUCAGCCGAACACAUAUACUGUAUAAAAUGUAUUUGUAUGUUCAUCAUGGAGUUCCCAAGCAUACUUGAGUAUAGAGGUAAUUAUGAAAAUUUUGAGUCAGAGAUAUCAACAGGGGAUUGCAGUUGGUGGCUUCAGGGUCAAAAAAGCCUAACGCUGAUGUAGCUCUUCUGAAAGUAGUGAUAAUAAGAAUGUUUUUAAGCAGCUGUAUUGAAGUAUUGCUUGAUUCAGAUGCUGUCUUUCAUUUAGCGUGAUUAAGGCCUCUGGAACAAAGUCAUGUGUAUAAAAUAGCUAAAUAAAAUGUGUUUUUUAUUCUGAUCAGUGUUAGGCUCUUCAGAUGGGUACUGUCAGUCAGUCAACAGCUACAGAAAGUUACUAUUUAUAUAAGGAAUACAACAAAAAUUAAGGGAAGCUGAUGAAGGGAGGGAGGGAAGCAAAAGGAAAAUGUGCUAAGUUGAUAGCUGUGAUUACGUUAUUCAAAGUGAAAUGACACUAUAAGCAUAAGUUAUGAUGUGCUCUUUUGUAAGCAGCUGAUCUUGUUAAUCAGGUGCCAGUUUCAGUGAAGCUGAUGGGAGUGGAUGGGUCAAAAUAAGAAAACCACAGUGCUAAGCAGAAGUAAAUUUACAGAAUGUUAGCUAACUACAAUUUAAUGGAAGGAGUGCCUCCCUCAACUGUAACCCUUCUGCUAUUUUAACCACUGUUAAUUCAUGAUUCAUUAGAAAAAACUCCCAUUUCAGUGUUGCCCCAUGCCUUUUAGAGUACCUGUAUUCUGACAAAACAAAGGCAGUCACCGUGUUCUGUUGCAACAUAACACGGUAUGUCCAGCAAUAAAAGGAACAGCAUUAAUGGACUCCAAAGGAAUACCUGUCCGGGAUUAGCAGUAGAGUGCAGUUUCAAGUGUGAUUUCAAAGCUUGGAGGAACAGAGGAAAGGGUAAGAAAGACACUUAAGACAGUUUGUUACUGUGUAAUAAGCCACACUGAAAAAAACAAAGUCUUAAUGCAAUUUUAGUUUUUUCAAUUCUGUUUGUAGAGUAAAACCAAGGAAUAAGUCACUUCAGAGUGACAGGGCCCGCAUCUGAGCUGCUUACUACUUUCCCUUGUAAAAAUUCUCACAGCAGGCUUUCAAAGUUUGGCAGGGACAUGCCUUCAACUUGUCCCAUGAAAUUCAUUCAGUUUUAGCUGACUUGGAAACUGUUAAAAUUGUUCUUCAGGAGAAUGUUGGCGUCCAACAGAAAUAAUAACUGAGCAGGGACAUUUUAGGCAGGCAAGGUUCUGUGGGUAGAUGUGAUAUCUUUUAUUAGACUAACUAAAAUAGUUGGAAAAAAGUUCUUUGCAAGUUUUUGGG